UGAACAUCUACUUUCGUUUUCUAUUUUAAGUCAGAACGGACUACUUUUUCGUGGUAUUAUCGGCUGGUCUAGCAUAUGAUAUUGUGUAUACAAAGGUGACAAUAAAUGCAAAAACGAAACUACAUUUAAGUUUGCGUAAUGUCAGGAGGUCGUAAUAGUGGGUUUGGUGCAACCGGGUCAAGGCUUGAUGGACGAAAUAAGGGCGGAAAUGCCUUUGAAGUUGGCACCUUGAUUUUUACAUGCGAGAGUAAAAAGACAGAGCAACCAAUUACUUGGUGGAAAAAUGACAAAAAAAUUCCUGAUCAUGAAAAUCAACAGCAACUGAAUUUGAGAGACGUUACGUUUGAUGAUACUGACAAAUACUUUUGUAUUUAUGGAGACGUUAAAAUUGAAUGUUCUGUUCGGGCUAAAAAAUUGCCAGUAGAAUACUCUACGCCGCUCAAAAGUGUGCAGAAUGUCAAGGAGGGAGAUAAAUUGACCCUAACCUGUGAAUAUAAAAUACCUCAUGAAUCUGCACAGUGGUUCAUAAAGGACGGACAACAAGACAAUAGAAUAAAAUUAUCGGCCGGCGAAAGUAUACAACUUGAAAUUAAAGAUAUCACUAACAACGACACAGGAAAAUACCUGUGUAACUACAAGGGAGUAGAAAUAACAAUACAACUUAAAGUAGAAGGAGAAAACAAAGAAGAAAAAAAGAAGGGAAAGCUGACGUGUUUUAAAUGUGAAAUUAAGACGCAAGAUUCACAUCCAGUGAAAUGGUUAAAGAACGGUGAAACAAUCGCUGCUGAUAAAAGAUUCAGUUUCCUUGAUAAUAAGGGUAAACAUCAGCUGUCCAUAACGAACUUGAGAAUGGACGAUGCAGGGGAGUAUUCAUGUAAUUGUUGGGAUGGUGUGUCGCAGAGUACAUGUACUGUUACAGUUCUAGCAAAACCGGAUCCACCAGCUGACUUGGAGGUGGAAAAGGUUUCAAAGGGCAGUGUUGCGUUGAAAUGGAACGCUGGGUUGGAUGGGGGAUUGCCACAACAGUUUAAAGUUGGAUAUAAGGCAUCAGGAGGUAGACAGAAUUUUAAGUUUGUCGAUGUUCAGCCACCGGGAAGCACUUACUCAACAGUUAAUCAUUUGGCUCCUGGCGCUGAAUACGAGUUCAUUGUGAUUGCUUUCAAUAACGUCGGCGAAAGUGCGGACUCCAAAAUGAUCAAGGCAAAGACUCCAACAAAACCGGAUCAACCAGUUGACUUGCAAGAAGUAAAUGUUUCCAAGGACAGUGUUAGUUUAAAAUGGAACGCUGGGUUGGACGGGGGAUUACCGCAACAUUUUAGAGUUGGCUAUAAGGCAGCGGGAGGUAGACCAAAUUUCAAAUUUCGCGAUGUUCAGCCACAGGGUAGCACAAGCUUUAAAGUUGAUGGUUUAGCUCCUGGCACUGAAUACGAGUUCAUUGUGGUUGCUUCAAAUGACGUUGGCGAAAGUGCUGAGUCCAAUAAGAUCAAGAUAAAGACUCCAACAAAACCGGAUCCACCAACUGGCUUGCAAGUAGUAAAUGUUUCACAGGACAGUGCCAUUUUAAAAUGGAACGCUGGAUGGGAUGGUGGAUUUCCACAAACUUUUAACAUUGGCUAUAACCCAACAGCGAAUAAACGAGAAUAUAAACACCUCGAUGUUCAUCUGCCCCCGGAUAACACCACAUAUACUGUUGAAGGUUUGGUACCUGGAACAGAGUACGAGUUCACAAUGACGGCACGCAAUAAAAUUGGCGUGAGUGAGACAUCCGAUACGAUAAAGGCAAAGACUCAGAGUGCUCUUUUGAACUGGAUAAAGUCACCCGUCGGUAUGAUAGUAUGUAGUGUUGUGCUGAGUUUAGUUUUGAGGUAUGGGAUCGAUAUGAUCGUCGGGAACAGUAGUCCAUUACCUCUUCAGAUAAAAGAUUUAAGCUUACUAAAAAAAGGACUAGGAGACAUUGAGUUGACAGUUUCAACCAUACAACGGCAGAAUUCAGUUGACUAUACGUCAUUUUUAGACAUGCUCAAAAACUUCAAAAGCGAAAUAUUGAAGAAAGAUGAGGAGAAAUUCAAAGAUAUUUCUGAUAAAAUAAAGAAAUUAGCAAAUAAAGUUUCUGAUAAAGCAGAAUCAGAAGACCUACAAAACGCUACAGAAACAUUUGACAAGAAAGUAAUGGAGCUGAAAGAAAAUUUUGAAACCAGAAUAAACGAUAUGCGCAGAGCAUUCACUGAGAAGCUUGCAAAUUUAACUAAGUUCAUAGACGAGUUUGAACAGACAUUUUCAAAUUAUGAACAAUCCUUUAAUGAAUUAGAAACAAAAACAAAUGAAAAAACCAAAGCAAUCGAGAAAUCAUUAGACAGUUUAAGUUCCAAGGUCGAGGAGGAGAUAACUGAAAUAUUAGACGAGGUCACAACGCAGUUGGAUAAAAUCAAAAAAGCAAAGGAAGAAGCAGAUAAUAUUGUAAAUGGUAUCCAGAGGAACGUUGAAAGAAUAAUACCAAACACAUUCAACAAAGAGGCCCUAAUAAUGGCAUUUAUGGUGUUGAUCAUCUCUGUAUUUGUGCUAGCACUGUGGAUAUACAAAGUGCAGAAUAGUAUUACUUCCGGUGGUCCUGCACCGAACAGGGAUAUGAAUGCCAAGGAUGUGCUGCAGCGUAUACCACAUCGUGUUUCUCUCAGUAACUCAAUCUGUAUUGUAAGCUUUGAUGAGGCCAGGCAACCCGCACAUGAGGCGCUUGUCAGCUCUGCCUUUCUAACUGUUGGCAACAUCCAGACAAAGUACUUUGUUGUUCGCCGACACGAACACUUGCUUAACAUGCCAAAAUGCAAGUUCUAUAUUAUGUGUACAGAGUUUUCUGAAAGGCACGUGAUCAUUGAAGAACCAGGACUAGGACUUGGUGACUUGAAGAGAUGUACAUACGAAACGAUACAGCGAUAUGGAGCUAAAAUGAUAAUUUUGUACACACGUGACCCAGGAUCGAGGAAUCUAGGCGACCAGGUUUAUAAUCGUAAGAUCCACUGCGUGUCUGCCCAGCCGGAGCUGUCUUGUCUUCGUGAUCAUGGUCGAUUUUUCAGCACGUAUGAUGAGCUUUCGGCAACACAGAAGAAAGCACUUAAUGAUACUGUUGUCAAGUGUCUUCAGUAAAUAUUGUUUGAAAACUUCAGUUAAAAACUGAACUUUUAGCUACUUUUAUGUCAUUUCGCAAUGUUUGCAAUUUACUGUUUAUUUGGAGUACUAGAUGUCCUAGUGCAAGGCACUUACAUUUUAUAAUUAUGUCAAUGGUAACGUUGUUGAAUAAAACUGUUCAGUUUAUCCGUAAUUGCUUUAAACAGCAAAGAUACCCAUUUUUGCUAUCUGUGUUAUUGUUCGAUAUUUGUUUAAUGUAUUUCUUUAUUUACGUGACAUCAUUGUACGAUAAAUAAAUAACAUAUUUACUACAAUGUCAUUCAGAUUUGAAUUACAGGAGGCUUAUCAUCACAGAUAUAUUAUACACACAUAUGGGCCGUGCCAUGAGAAAACAAACAUAAUGGGUUGAAGAACCAGCAUGGAUCCAGACCAGCCUGAGCAUCCGCUCAGUCUGGCCAGGAUCUAUGGUGUUCGCUGUCAAAGCCUAUUGCAAUUGAGAAAUUGUUAGCGAACAGCAUGGAUCCUGACCAAACUGCGCGGAUUACCAGCAAAGCCACUAUGUUGGUUUUUCCAUGGCGCGGCUCAUAUAUCUUUUUCAUCAACUCGUUUUUAUAUAACAAAACUGAGGAGCAGUCGCAAAUUCAAAGUUUAAAAGCUCUGAAAAACAAGGUAUUAAGAGUUUAAAAUGUACUACUUUGCAAUUAAGGAGUGGUUUAAAAAUCAGCUAUCACCCUAGAUCAGAUCAAGGAUGAACUAAUUAGCAACUGCUUCUCAGAUUAGAUAAAAAUACUCAAGUCGUACUACAGAGUAAAUAAAAAAAGUGUUGAUUUAUUUAGUACCUGUUAUAAAAAUGUGUGUGUCAGAUAGACUAUGUGGGAAGUUGUAGCCGGUUGUUGCAUUAUCCGACUAAGGUAUAGCAAUGCGUGUGUUAUGACACGAUGUUCUUUGUUUAAAAAGUUUCAAAUGUUUUGUUUACGUAUCACACAUCUAUACGUCACGUGACAAGAGUAGAAAAGUACUUUAAACGCAAGUUCUAAGUACGACCCUUUGACAUUGUGAAUAUGAAAUGUCCAGCGUUAUGAUGCAAAAUAUGUUUUUUAUACUUCAACACUUUUUGUAUUUCUACCCUUUAUAUGUUAACAUUAAUAUAUUAAGUUUUAUCCAUUAUCGUUUGUUUCAAAAGUUUUUAAAGUGAUACAAGCUCAGUAAAACUCAAAUUUUCCAGGCUAUUUUAUUAAAGUUACAUUUGGUGUACACUUUAAUACCAUUAUAAUUAUGAUUUAUUAUAUUUAUAUGAAAGGUUAUGUUCUACGGUUGAUUGUUUAUAUAUUUUAGUUAAUUUAUGCUUAUUCACGUUAGUUAAUAUGAUUUAAAAACGCUUCAUUUUGCAAGGGUUUUAGUUGCGUAUGUUACUUUAAAUAAAUGGACUAUUUUUAGCCCACCAUCAUCAGAUGGUGGGCUAUUCAAAUCACUCUGCGUCUGUGGUCCAUCCGUCCGUUAACAAUUUCUUGUUAUCGCAUCUCCUCAGAAACCACUUGGGGGAUUUUGACCAAACUUUGUCAGAAUGAUGUAUUGGUACCCCUGAAAAUCAGACUGGUUCAGCAAUUUUUUAGUAAGUUAUGGCCCUUUGUUUAUUUCUAUAAUUUACAUAGAUUUAUAUUGGGAAAAACUUUGAAAAUCUUCUUGUCCAAAACCACAGAGCCUAGCGCUUUGAUAUUUGGUAUGAAGCAUCAUCUAGUGGUCCUCUACCAAGAUGAUUCAGAUUAUUUCCCUGGUGUCUAAUAUGGCCCCGCCCUGGGGGUCACAUGGUUUAUAUAGACUUAUAUAGGGAAAAACUUUGAAAAACCUCUUAUCCAAAACCACAGGGCCUAGGGCUUUGAUAUUUUGUAUGUGACAUCAUCUAGUGGUCUUCUACUAAGAUUGUUCAAAUUAUCCCCCUAGGGUCAAAUAUGGCCCCGCCUCGGGGGUCACAUGUUUUACAUAGACUUGUAUAGGGAAAAACUUUGAAAAUCUUCUUGUCCAAACCACAAAGCCUAGGGCUUUGAUAUUUGUAAUGUAGCAUCAUCUGUUCUCUACCAAGUUUGUUAAAAUUAUCCCCCUAGGGUCAAAUAUGGCCCCGCCCUGGGGGUCACAUGGUUCAUAUAGACUUAUAUAGGGAAAAGCUUUUAAAAACUUCUUGCCAUAACCUACAACAUUCAAAUUUGGACCAUAUGUAUGGUUUUGAGUAGCAAGAUGAACCUUGACAUCAGUUGACCUAGAUUUUGACCUAGUGACCUACUUUUACAUUUUCUGUAGCUGCAACCUUCAAAUUUGGACCACAUGCAUAGUUUUGUGCACUGAAAAAACUUUGACAUUGACCUAGUGACCUACUUUCACAUUUUUGAAGGAACAGGCUUCAAAUUUGGACCACAUGCAUAGUUUUGUGUUCCGAAAUGAAAUUUGACCUUGAUUUUGACCCAGUGACCUACUUUCACAUUUUUUCAAGCUACAGCCUUCAAAUUUGGACCACAUGCAUGGUUUUAUGUACCGAAACAAACUUUGACCUUUACAUUGACCUAGUGACCUACUUUCACAUUUUUGAAGGUACAGGCUUCAAAUUUGGACCACAUGCAUAGUUUUGUAUUCUGAAAUAAAAUUUGACCUUGAUUUUGACCUAGUGACCUACUUUCAGAUUUCUCAAGCUACAGCCUUCAAAUUUGGACCACAUGCAUAGUUUUGUGUACUGAAACAAACUUUGACCUUUACAUUGACCUAGCGACCAACUUUCACAUCUUGGAAGGUACAGGCUUCAAAUUUGGACCACAUGCAUAGUUUUGUAUUCUGAAAUAAAAUUUGACCUUGAUUUUGACCUAGUGACCUACUUUCACAUUUCUCAAGCUACAGCCUUCAAAUUUGGACCACAUGCAUGGUUUCGUGUACUGAAACAAACUUUGACCUUUACAUUGACCUAGUGACCUACUUUCACAUUUUGGAAGGUACAGGCUUCAAAUUUGGACCACAUGCAUAGUUUUGUAUUCCGAAAUAAAAUUUGACAUUGAUUUUGACCUAGUGACAUACUUUCACAUUUCUCAAGCUACAGCUUUCAAAUUUGGACCACUUGCAUAGUUUUGUGUACCGAAAUGAACUUUGACCUUAAGAUUGACCUAGUGCCCUACUUUCACAUUUCUGUAGCUACAGGCUUCAAAUUUAGACCACAUGCAUAGGAUUGUGUACCGAAACAAACUUUGACCUUGAUAUUGACCUAGUGACCUACAUUUUUAAAGGUACAGGCUUCAAAUUUGGACCACAUGCAUAGAUUUAUGUUCUGAAGUGAAAUUCGACCUUGAUUUUAACCUAGUGACCUACUUUCACAUCCUUCAAAUUUGGACCACAUGCAUGGUUUUAUGUACCGAAACAAUCUUUGACCUUUACAUUGACCUAGCGACCUACUUUCACAUUUUUGAAGGUACAGGCUUCAAAUUUGGACCAUAUGCAUAGUUUUGUAUUCUGAAAUAAAAUUUGACCUUAAUUUUAACCUAGUGACCUACUUUCACAUUUCUCAAGCUACAGCCUUCAAAUUUGGACCACAUGCAUGGUUUUGUGUACUGAAACAAACUUUGACCUUUACAUUGACCUAGUGACCUACUUUCACAUUUUGGAAGGUACAGGCUUCAAAUUUGGACCACAUGCAUAGUUUUUUAUUCUGAAAUAAAAUUUGUCCUUGAUUUUGACCUAGUGACCUACUUUCACAUUUCUCAAGCUACAGCCUUCAAAUUUGAACCACUUGCAUGGUUUUGUGUACUGAAACAAACUUUGACCUUUACAUUGACCUAGUGACCUACUUUCACAUUUUGGAAGGUGCAGGCUUCAAAUUUUGACCACAUGCAUAGUUUUGUAUUCCGAAAUAAAAUUUGACAUUGAUUUUGACCUAGUGACCUACUUUCACAUUUCUCAAGCUACAGCCUUCAAAUUUGUACCACUUGCAUAGUUUAGUGUACCAAAAUGAGCUUUGACCUUAAGAUUGACCUAGUGACCUACUUUCACAUUUCUGUAGCUACAGGCUUCAAAUUUAGACAACAUGCAUAGGAUUGUGUACCGAAACAAACUUUGACCUUGACAUUGACCUAGAGACCUACUUUCACAUUUUUAAAUGUACAGGCUUCCAAUUUGGACCACAUGCAUAGAUUUGUGUUCUGAAGUGAAAUUCGACCUUGAUUUUGACCUAGUGACCUACUUUCGCAUUUCUCAAGCUACAGCCUUCAAAUUUGGACCACUUGCAUAGUUUUAUGUACCGAAAUAAAGUUUGACCUUAAGAUUGAACUAGUGACCUACUUUCAAAUUUCUCAAACUACAGCCUUCAAACUUUAUGCACAUGCAUAGUUUUGUGUACAAAGAACUUUGUCCUUGAAAUUAAUCUAGUGACCUACUUUUCUUUUUACAUUUCUCAAGCUACAGCUUUUGGAUUUGGACCACAUGCAGAAUGUUGUGUACAGAAAUGAAAUUUGACCUUAAUCUAGUCAAUAAGUCUUGAAAUUUGGAACUCUCAAAAGUGGCACAUUGGUGGGCGCCAAGAUCACUCUGUGAUCUCUUGUUAUGUUAGAACAUUUCUGAAUGUUGUCUUCCAACAUGUGCUCUGUCUUGUAACAUACCAAUAAUCAACAGCUGUAUAGUGCCAUACAAAAGGGCACCGCUUUCGAAAGUACCACGCGUGUACCAUUAUAUAGCAUAGAGAUUGAUACAUACUAAGCCAAAAUGUAUGGGGUUAUUGCUGUGUCACAUUUUGGCACAAAUAUAAAUAUGAGGUCACUGACAUGUCAUAAACCUUCAGUUUAGGAUUUCAAGCUUGUGGUUCUUGAACAAUACAUAAAAUUCAAUGUCUCUUGAUGUCUAAUACUGCUUUUUAUGUGUAUUUUGAUAUUUUUAUUCUAGGUAGUUAUUAAUUAUGUGUUUAUAAUUUUUCAAUUGAUAAAAAGGUUUUAUGUGUAGCGCUGUAUAGACGCUGUAUAGAGCGGCUGUAUACUGUAAUGUUAAAUUGUUUGUUUUAUAUGUAUUAUGAUGUAUACAGAUGAGACAUUAGUAAAAGAAUAAACUAAUGCAGGUUGUAUCCUGUACGUAGAAACUGUAUUUUAAUGUUAAACAUUGAAAAGAGAGCUGAAAAAAGUUCAUUCUUUCUCUUUAAUUUGUUAUCUUAAUAUCGUAAAGGGAUAAUAUAUUUCAUUCGCUACAUAUUAAGCAGUAUCAUGAUUAGUUUUUAAAAUGUAUUGUAUAGUGAUAUUAUUUAGAUGCAUGGGUUUGUAUAAGGUUUAAAGCUUUUGACAACUGAUUACUUCAAGCAAAUUGUACCUAGUACAUACACUCUAUUGUAAAGUUUUAGUUUAAUAAAAUUUUAGUAUUUGGCUCA